AUGGCCUACAAUCGAUCAUUGCUCUCUGAGAAAGACUUGAAAAAGGAUUUGGACGACAUUCUCUACGAGUUGGUAAACAAAAAUCUCUCUAAAUCUCAAUUGGUGCAGCUACACUCUCUACUAAUCAGCAAGAACCAACAGCUCUCUGAAAGUCUCAAUGAGUAUAUUGAUUUUAAGAACACCUCUUAUUUCAAUAACGACUUGAAUCUAGAUUUGAUCAAAACAAAUCUCUUAACUAGCUUGACUACCUCUUCACAAUUGAUCAAAAUUGUCAACGACCUAAAUUACUUGUCUCUAAACUUAUCUUACAAAAUAAAAUUUCUUGAUUUGAAAAGAAUAAGAGUUAAAAAGACAAAGGAAUUUGUUAAUAAUGUCCAGACAUUGAAAAACCAUAUUGGUAUCAUUGAUCAAGCUAUUGCAAAUAAAGAUUGGCUGAAAGCUGUCAAUUCAAUGAAUAUCAUUUUAAAUUAUCUCCCUGAUAAUUUACUUCAUAACAGCAAAUUUUCAAAUAUUAUGAUUCCCUCUUCUGAAAUCCCAGAUACCCCAUCCAUCUUAAUAAAAAAUUGGAAGGAAUUUUUAAAGGGGCUAUUUAUAGAUGAAUUUCAAGUAGCUGCAACAAAUAAAGACGUUUUAAAAUUAACCAAAUUUUUCUCCUUUUUCCCCUUGAUAAAUGAAAAAAAAGAUGGUUUGAAGUGUUACUCCAAAUUCAUUUCCAAUUUAAUUGGUUCGAAUUCAAGAUCUUUAAUCCAGAAUAAUUUGAUUAAUGAGGAAGUGAAUAAAAGAUUUGGUAUAUAUGGUGCCACUUUAAUGAGAUUGUGCGAAAUCUCAAUUAAUCUAAUCAAUCAACACUCAAAAAUUAUUAUCAAAAAUUAUGAUAUUUACGCAAUAUUCACUAUUUUGCCCAAUUUUCAAAACGAAAUUGACUUGCAAUCGAAUUUAAUCUUUGAUACCUUUUGGGAUAACAAAGAAUUGGGUAAAAUUCUAUCAAAAGUUGUUAACUCAACUGCCAAUGGCUUUCAAAUUUUAAAUCUUUUAUUAUCCUCAAAUUUAUCAAAUCCAUUGUUAUCUUUAACUACUAAUCAAAAUGUUAGUAAUUCAAAUUUAAAUAUUUGUGAGCUUUUUACUGAAAUGAUUAAUUUAUUAAAUCGAUGGUCUUUGUACUGCAGCUUUUUUGCCAUAAAAUGGAAGGAAUAUUUAAAAAUUUUAUUGUAUUUACCAAAGCCUCUAAUUGAAUCGUCUUUAAAUGCCAAAAUCCAAGAACUGUAUAUCUCAGCUACCAAUGUUUUAAUCGAAUAUUAUUUAAAGAGAUCCUUGGAAAAGAUUUUCAAACUUGAAGAAUUACCCAAAUUAUCUGACUAUUAUACCUCAAGCACUUUAUCUGAAACCGAUAAUACUUUUCCAAUUUCUUCCAUAGUUGAAGACUCAAUUCUAGUUUUAAAUAAUUGUAUAAAACUUACAAUUGAUUCAGGGCAACCUGUAAUUUUGAAAAACUUUAUAAUGUUUUUAUCAAAAGGUUUUCUAACAAAUAUAUUUUUGGGUAUUAUAACAAAAAAGCUAAUUAUCAACCAACCCAAAUCUGGUUCUUUAAUUGACUUGAACAAAAAAAUUGUUCCAGAAAAUGAAAACAAUUCGACUAUUGCGAUUUCGAGCGCUUCUAAUGUUAAUAGCAGUGGAUUCAAUCUUGCCUCCUCUAUUCGAAGAUCGGCAACUCCGGGAGCUUCUGCUUUAAAUUCGUUAUCCAGCGAUAUUGAUGAUGAAACAAGAUUAUUUAACUAUAUUGUGUAUUUAAAUUCGUUGUCAAGUUUUGCCUCCUAUUUGAGAAAAGUUUUAAAUAACUAUAUUGGAGUUUCUCAUGGUGGUAAUCAGAAUCAAGAAAAACAAAGCAUAUUGCAAAAAUCGUAUUUGCAUCAAAAUUUUCCCUUUGGUUCUGAUUACGAUAAACUUGAAAAUAUCAUCCAAAGCAAUUUGUUUGAAAAAUUUCUUGAUGGUAAAAUUGAUAAAGAGAUUCUUAAAGAUUGUAUAACUAUAUUAUUUAAUCAAUGUUUCAAAAACAAAUCUAAGAUGCUUAUUAAUGAGUAUUUCAAUAGUUCCAAUUUUUUAAUAUCACAAUUCACAUCUUUGAAUGAAGAAGACACGAUAUUGUUUAGCUUUGUAAACAAUUGGUCUUCAUUGAUUCAACCAUGUACCAAACUAUUAGAACCGACAUUGUUCCAAGACUUGUUAAGAAAAAUCAUUAGUUUGAUGAGCUCGUUAAUGGAAAAACGGAUCUGGGCAUUAAAUAAAAAGAUCAACUUAUAUGGGGUGAUUGGUCUUGAGAAAAAAAUCUCGACUAUUAUAAAUGAGCUAACCAAGUUUAAUAAUUACAUUAUGAGGAAUGAAUUUACUAGAAUUACACAGAUAAUUAUGAUCAUGGGAUUUGAUGAUGAAAAUGAUGAAAUUGGGAUUGACUGGGUACUAAGUUUAAACGAGAGAAAGAAAGCAAGAGGUUUAAGAGUAGAUAGAAGCUAA